CGCCCGUCGCGGGUCGGCCACGGGCCCAACUCGAGCCCGAGGCUGCGCCGGGGCCUCCGCGGGGACCAGGCCGCCUGCACCGCCCUGCCGCCGACAUGAAGAAAGACGUGAGGAUCCUCCUCGUGGGAGAACCCAGAGUUGGGAAAACAUCACUGAUUAUGUCCCUAGUCAGUGAAGAAUUUCCAGAAGAGGUCCCUCCCCGCGCAGAAGAAAUCACCAUCCCCGCCGAUGUCACCCCGGAGAGAGUUCCGACGCAUAUUGUCGAUUACUCAGAAGCAGAGCAGAGUGAUGAACAACUCCAUCAUGAAAUAUCCCAGGCUAACGUCAUCUGCAUAGUGUAUGCGGUUAACAACAAGCAUUCUAUUGAUAAGGUGACCAGCCGGUGGAUUCCCCUCAUCAAUGAGAGAACAGACAAAGACAGCAGACUCCCUUUGAUACUGGUCGGAAACAAGUCUGAUCUCAUGGAAUAUAGUAGUAUGGAGACCAUCCUUCCCAUCAUGAACCAGUAUACAGAGAUAGAAACCUGUGUGGAGUGUUCAGCCAAAAACUUGAAGAACAUCUCAGAGCUGUUUUAUUAUGCGCAAAAAGCUGUCCUACAUCCAACAGGACCUCUCUACUGUCCAGAGGAAAAAGAGAUGAAACCGGCAUGUAUAAAAGCUCUUACUCGCAUCUUCAAAAUAUCUGAUCAGGAUAACGACGGAACGUUGAGUGAUGCUGAACUCAACUUCUUUCAGAGAAUUUGUUUUAACACUCCAUUAGCUCCUCAAGCCUUGGAAGAUGUCAAGAAUGUAGUCAGAAAAAAUCUAAGUGAUGGAGUGGCUGACAAUGGAUUGACACUAAAAGGCUUUCUUUUUCUACACACACUUUUUAUCCAGAGGGGGAGACAUGAAACCACCUGGACGGUGUUGCGUCGGUUUGGUUAUGACGACGAUCUGGAGCUCACGCCUGAAUACCUAUUCCCUCCGCUAAGAAUACCUUCCGACUGCACUACAGAGUUGAAUCAUCAUGCAUAUUUGUUUCUCCAAAGCAUUUUUGACAAGCACGAUUUGGAUAGAGACUGUGCUUUGUCCCCUGACGAGCUCAAAGAUUUAUUCGGAGUCUUCCCUUACAUGCCCUGGGGUCCUGAUGUGAACAGUACAGUCUGUACAAAUGAAAGGGGCUGGAUAACGUACCAGGGGUUUCUUUCACAGUGGACGCUAACCACCUAUUUAGAUGUUCAGCGCUGUCUGGAGUACUUGGGCUAUUUAGGCUACUCAAUACUGACUGAACAAGAGUCUCAAGCCUCCGCGAUUACAGUAACUCGAGAUAAGAAGAUUGAUCUCCAGAAGAAGCAGACCCAAAGAAAUGUGUUCAGAUGUAAUGUCAUUGGAAUGAAGAGUUGUGGGAAAAGCGGAGUUCUUCAGGCCCUUCUUGGAAGAAAUCUAAUGAGACAGAGGCACAUUCGUGAGGACCACAAAUCCUAUUAUGCGAUUAAUACCGUUUAUGUGUAUGGACAAGAGAAAUACUUGUUGUUGCACGAUAUCUCUGAGUCUGAAUUUUUAACCGACACCGAGAUCAUGUGUGAUGCUGUGUGCCUGGUGUAUGACGUCAGUAAUCCCAAAUCUUUUGAAUACUGCGCCCGGAUUUUUAAGCAACAUUUCAUGGACAGCAGAAUACCCUGUUUAAUCGUAGCUGCCAAGUCAGACCUUCAUGAAGUCAAGCAAGAGUACAGUAUUUCACCUACGGAUUUCUGCCGAAAACACAAAAUGCCUCCACCCCAAGCCUUCACUUGCAAUACUGCUGAUGCACCGAGUAAGGAUAUCUUUGUGAAAUUGACAACGAUGGCCAUGUACCCCCAUGCCCGGUUACGCUGUAUGUGCACCUGCAACAGGUGUACAUUUUGCAUCUGUCAGAACUUCCUCAACUCAGACUUGCUGCAAUCUGUAAAGAACAAACUCUUCACUGCAGUUCUUAACAGGUUAAGAGCCCUGUUAGCCGAGUGGGGUACCAUGCUGUUGGCAGACGACCAAGGCAGUAUUAUUCACCAGGUGCACGCCGUCAGCUCCGUGGAAGAUUCCAUCUUCAUGGAGUCAUCUCAUGGUCCACAUUUUUCUGAAGCCAGGCACGUGACACAAGCUGACCUCAAGAGCUCUACAUUUUGGCUUCGAGCAAGUUUUGGUGCUACAGUUUUUGCAGUUUUGGGGUUUGCCAUGUACAAAGCAUUGUUGAAACAGCGGUGAUCUGAACAGAAAUUAUAACACCGGUCCAACCAAAAAAAAAAAAAAAAGAAGAAGGAAAAAAUCUUUUAUGUACCUUCUGAAUGCUUUAAAUUCUGCCAGGAAUCUUGAUAUUUAUAUAUGCAGAGUUACUUUAUUAAUUUUUGUAAUUUCUGCAUUAGAUUAUUUUAAAUAAUAGCUAUAAUGCAGUAUUAGAGAGUAUGAGGAAAGAGAAGUCCUUAAUGGCCAAACUAAGAGGGCUUGACUUUCGAGGCCGAAAGGGAAUAAUCUGUAAAUAAUGUACAUAUUCAGACCGUGACGUGCAACUCCAUGAAAACUUGAGUUACGGAAAUGCAGCUUGCCCAUGUUUCAACAAGAAGUAGUGACAGAUUAGUAUGCAAUUGGAUCGCAUUCAUAGUUUUAAGUUCAGCUCGAAGAACGUAUAAAAUCAUGGAUACUUAUUUAUUUCACAUUGAUCUGAGAUUAUUCCUUUGGGACGCUGCGGUCCUCAGACAGAAUAUGCCAUCUCUCUCUCCCUUUUUAAAGCUGGAGAGUAGGUGUCUCAUGGACUGAUGGAACAUUAUAUUUCAUACGAAGGGCAGAUUCGCUGUGGAGGGCCAACCAGGGAGGUUUGGGACCUUAGAAGACCAGUGAAAUGCUUAGGUGGGUACCAAGUUCCUCUCAGAGGACAAACUGAAAAGGGCGAAAUAAUCAAUCUGUAUGUGUGUGUGUGUGUGAGAGAGAGAGAUUUUGUUUCAUUUUUCAGUGGGUUGUGUUUUAUUGUCCUUAAAAGUGAAAUGGGAGGCGGGGGGAUGGAGGGAGGCGGGGAGAUAACAAGUUUGCUUAUUGUAAAUGUUUAUAGUUCCCAAAAAGAAAGCAAAAAUGGCCAUUUAAUUUCCUUCCACAUUGUAAAUCAUUCUUGUCACAGCUGACUCAGAAAGGUGGUGGUAGUGCACAGUUCUCACUGCUGUAGUACAUUUCAGUAGCUGCAUGUUUCAUGAAGUGUUCUAUAUCUGGUUACGACUACCUGUAGACAAGCACCUUUUUUAAAUGAUAAAAUAAAUAUAACGAGUACAAA